ACCCCCACGUCCACAACCACAAAGCCCUCCCUCUCUACCCCCUACCCCUACCUCUCCCAAUUGCUCUUCAAGUGUCAUUUUCUCAUAUAUACUUCACACAAAAGAAACAACCAUUCACUUCGAACCUUUGUCACUUCUCUCUCUCUCUCUCUCAAAUAAUCUGUGCAACUAAUCCUCCCAACUCCUCAUCAAACCCCAGCCCACAAAUCCUGUCUGCCUCCUGAAACUUGUGCAUCCAAAUCCAUAAGAAGAAAACUGAAUAAUCACAUAGAAUUGAAGUAGAAAGAGGGGAAUUGAAUUGAAGAAUUAGAAGAAAUGGAGCUGUUUCCAGCACAGCCAGACCUUUCGUUGCGAAUCAGCCCUCUAAACAGCACCACCUCAUCAAACUGGAGAAGAGGUGAAGAAGAAAUGGAUUUGGGGUUUUGGAAGCGAGCUCUAGAGUCCAGAACCUCCCUCUCUUCAAUGGCCAAAGCCGACCUCCCCCUCUCAAAUCCCGCUAGGGUUUCGGACCCCCUCACCGCCCCCAACCACCACCGCAUCCUCCAUCCCCGGCCGCAGCUGGACGAGGAAGUGAGUUUGCUGAAGCCGAUUAGGGGAAUUCCGGUGUACCAAAACCCUCCUUCUUUCCCCUUCGCAGCUCAUCAUCAUCAGCAGCAGCGGCAUUUGGAAGCCUCGUUCGCGUCUGUGAAUCACCUCGCCACCGCCUCCGUCGCGCCCUACACCUCGCAAGCCCUCAUGCGAUCGCGCUUCCUCUCCAGAUUUCCGGCUAAACGGAGCAUGAGGGCCCCACGAAUGCGGUGGACCACCACGCUCCACGCCCGUUUUGUUCACGCUGUUGAGCUCCUGGGCGGCCAUGAAAGAGCUACACCCAAAUCAGUUCUUGAGCUUAUGGAUGUGAAAGAUCUCACCUUGGCUCACGUUAAAUCCCAUUUACAGAUGUACCGCACAGUGAAGUCUACUGAUAGAGCGUCAGCUUAUUCAGGAAAUGUGGAUGCACUUGAAAAUGGGUCUUCUGGGGAUACAUCAGAUGAAUUCCUUUUCGACAUUCAGAAUUCACACAAGUCUGAAGUAUCUGUAGAAAAGGGAAGGCAAUUUAAUGUAGAUCAAGAAAAGGAAUAUAGUGUUUUGUGGAGCAAUUCCUCAAGCGGGGGAGAAGCUUGGUUGCAUGGGAGAACAAACGACUCUCAAGUGAACGUACAACCUCACGAGAAGGAGAUAUGCGAUGUGAGCUCAUCGUCCGAGACAAGCCCUAAAUCUAAUAAGCUGAAGCCUAAUUUGGAGUUCACGUUGGGGAGAGAAUGAGAUGUUUAUGCAUCAAUCUACUCAUUUUGAAAUGAUUAUAAAUCUUCUGAUUCAAGAGAAUCAGGUACCCACUGAGGCAAAUCAGAGGAAAAAAAGAAAAGCUAAAGAAAGACAAGGAGACAAGAAAGACAGAAAGCAUACAAAAGGGAGAUAGGUAGGAAAAAAGAACAAAAGGCUUAUAUAUGCUUGCUGUCAAAGUUAUGAGAUUCUAAUCAUUACCUUAGUUUUCAUAUAUAUAUAUAUAUAUAUUCAAGGUAAAUAUUAAGAUAAUGUAAUUCAGUGGUUUUCUCUUAUUUUUAGUAACUUAUGUUUUACUCCCAAAA